AUGGAGGAACAAGUUCAAGAAUGGGAUAAGAUGACAGAAGAAGAGAAGAGUCCAUGUUAUGCCAAGGCUGAGAAGAUAAUGAUCAAGCGGCAGCCUAAUAGUUUCGGCCUUGGUGAUUGUCGGAAUCCUAAUAUGCCAAGUAAUAGAUUUAGGUUACCCGGUCUGAGACUCGAAGACUUGUUUGCCUUGUUGUUUGAAAUCCCUCCAAAGGGAUCCACUUAUUUCGAGGAUUGCCUCAUAGAAUUGAGGGAUCAGAACACAUCAGCAGAUUUUAUUUCGUUUUAUGAAGAACUGUUGCCGUAUGCUCAAACUCGGCAGUUAAUUAAGCUGCAUAUAGAAUUGAUCUUCUCAAAACUUGUCUCUGAAUUACAAAUGGAAGCAAGAUUCUCUCUUGAUUCCAUCCUCAGGUUGAUCGCUGCUUUAUCGGAAGAUCUCAAGGAGGAUUUUGUUCCGAAAGAGAAUGGGCUUUCUGACAAUCUCUUCCUUCCACGGGUUGUCAAUUCGCUGUUAAUCCUCCUGAAUAAUGGUGGUCUGAAAGAUGCAGAGAUUAUUGAGCAGAUAUUCACAUCCUGGUCUACAACAAUAGAAAACCUAAGGUUUUGUUUCGCACGCGACGUCCAAGGUGCUCUCAGGAAUACAUCGGAGAUGAGGUACUACCCCAGUAACAUUAUCAAUGAAAAAAUAUCAGAAUCGAUGUCAUGUGUGUUGGUACUAGCUCGGCCCAGUCAGCUUGAAAAAGGGAUCAAGAUGAUCCUUUCUGAAGUUGCAGAGCAACCGGAGAGAGCUGCUAGAGCUUGUUUCCUCCAUUAUGAUAUGAUUGUGAGGCUGCAGUAA